AUGGGCCUCCUGGCCCACGGCCUGCUAAAAAUUGGCGAUUCCUUCGUCAUGGUGGCCGACGAGUUCCCACCGGACUUUGGCUGCCCCGAUGCUCUCUCACCCACAACGGCCAAGGGCACCACCUUCGCCAUACAUAUCUACACCGAAGACGUGGACGCCCUUUACCAGCUGGCCCUGGAUGCCGGUUGCGAGAGCAUAUUUGAGCCCAUGGACGCCUUCUGGGGCGACCGGUACGGUCAGGUCAGGGACCCCUACGGCCACCACUGGGCCAUGGCCACCCACAUCAAGGACAUGACCGGAGAAGAAAUGGCCCAGGCCGCAGCCGCGGAGUUCUCCGGCGCGCCAACGGACUAG